UACGUCGCGUGGCAAUUACACAGCGCUUUCCAUCGAGGUCUACAGAAAAAUUCUUCAGGAUCCGUUCUUUGAUCUCGAAAAAGAUUUGAAUCCGUUCGUUUAGCCGGUGUUCGUUGAUUCCACUUUUCGGAUAAUUCGACGAAAUCAUGUAGUCCCGCAAGAUACGACUUCACGGAAAUUGACAAUUUUUUUUUCCUUUGAUUUGAAAACGUAUGGGCAGUGAAUAAUGGCUUAGCGUGGAAGCUUGGGCUUGUUGGCGAUUCAUCGGAAAAAGGACACAGCGCAAGAAAGACAGGGCCACGAGUGUGCGUGUCGCUCUCUCGUGUGCCUGUCUCUUGUUUUUUUUUUUUUUUUUUUUUUUUUUUUUUUUUUUUUUUGCGCUGUGUCCUAUUUUAAUAAAUAACCCGCCGUGGUUGCUCAGUGGCUAUGGUGUUGGGCUGCUGAGCACGAUGUCGCGGGAUCGAAUCCCGGCCACGGCGACCGCAUUCCGAUGGGGAUGAAAUGCGAAAACACCCGUGUACUUAGAUUUAGGUGCACGUUAAAGAACCCCAGGCGGUCGAAAUUUCCGGAGUCCUCCACUACGGCGUGCCUCAUAAUCGGAAAGCGGUUUUGCCACGUAAAACCCCAUAACUUAAUUUCCAAUAAAUAAUGGCGUUCGUUGUGCACGAAACUUGUGGCAGUCUACUCUUGUUGCAUUUAAUACGUGGCUCCUGUGCAUUCCGUUCGCAAAGGGCCGUUUGCGUAGCAGACGAUACGUGCUCCAGGCCUUGCUUCGUCUGCUUCCCCGGGUUGUAUAGCAUAGUUGUUUGAGCGCUUCCGGUUGUUUUAUUUGUUUUAUAGUUAUUCGAAUACUCACGGGGAAAGUUCAGUGCAUGCAGAACAGACGGACAUGUGCUACAUCCGUUCGCCAGCUUGCCGUCUGCGCAGCCAAUUGCAACCGGCGGACGCAUUAUCUUACUCGUUAUGUAAGUAUAUGUGGUUGGCUAUUAUAUCGCGCUGGCAGUGACCGCGACGGCGCAUGCGCAUGGCCGCGCGUGCGUGAAAAAAACAAAAACAAACGCAGCGCUACACACUUCUGUUUGUGCAACCCUCUGGCAGCGCGUUUUGUUUUUCUGUUCUGCGCCGGCGCUGCUUCGGAUUCGAGUCGCGUGACCGGUCACUGCGCCCAGUCGUAUACACUCGCUGACCGGCUCGAGGUGAUUUCUUCUUUUUUUUUUCUUUUUUUUCUGCGGCGAGCGGCGCUAAUUGUCGCGUUGACCUCGGCCGCCAGUCGACUACCCCGACCUUUUCUUUCUUUAUGUGCGAGCCUCAACUGCUGGUGCCAUAACCGCACCACAUCCUGCGUCACACGCACCUCGGCCGCCGCUUGACCGUGAAAAACACGGCGCGUGCCCGACUGGUUGGACCGCGUGCGGCUCGUACACCUUGUGGGCAUCAUCGGCCGACCGUGUUUGUGAGUGCGCCCCUCGCAGUUUCGUUUGUUUGUUCUCUCCGGCUCGGUCUGUCUGCUUUGUGAGCGGUUUCCAUGGAGAUGUCGGUGACGCCCAACCCCGCGGACCCCGAAGCCCCCGCCGACAAGACCGACCAGGAGCUGCUCAGGAACUGCAGCGGCGCCGAGGCGACCGCGCUCACCGAUGGCUCCUCGCUGCAGGACAGCCUCACCAAGAAGUCGCACCGGUCGGUCGCCUCGCUCCUUGUGGUCUUCCUCAACGCCCUCGUUCCGGCCAGGACCCUGGUCGAGCUCGCCACCGAGGUUCUGCUGGCCGCUCUCGCCGUCUACGUCAUUCUCUCCAUAUCCGGGGCUUUCCAGGUGGGCUCCAGUCCCGGCAUGUGGCGUCCCGCGUUCCGCUGCGACGAUCCGAGCCUGCAGUCUCCGUUCCUGUCCGAGAGCGUUCGCACCCGCGACCUCGUCAUCUUCGUGGUCACCGUGCCGCUGGCCUUGCUGCUCGUGUUGGAGUUCCGCCGUACCGGCGCUCCGCUGCGCGACCGCUUCUUCUGGAGCGGGCGUCUGCUGCGGCGCUACCUGGUGGGCCUCCUGUUGGUGACCACGGUGACGCAGCUGUUGAAAGAUGCCGUCGCCGAGAAGCGCCCUUACUUCCUGGACGCCUGCAAGCCUGUCUUCCGGAACCAGCGGAAUGCCACCCUCCUUUGCCAGGCUUCACUGGUUGCCGUUCUUCCAACGGUGACAACGGCUUCACCACUCAUUACGGACUACGUCUGCAGUGGGCCUCCAAGAGAUGUGGUGCGGGCCUUCGACUCUUUCCCAUCGGGACACACGAGUGUCAGUUGUUACGUCGGAUUCUACCUUGUUGGAUAUCUUGUGUGGAGGGGGGAUUCAGUGGCCCCGUCAGCAGCCCGUGUGCUUCUGGUGGCCUUGCUAAUCGCUUCAGCCGUAGCUGUUUCCCUGUCCAGGAUUGUGGAGCGAAUGCAUUUUUGGUGGGACGUCGGUGUAGGUGGGGCAUUGGGUCUUGUCGGGGCUGUAGUGUUUAUUUUGUGGCCCUUUUCCUGAUGCUUGUUCCAGCACGAUCCGAAGAAAGGGUCGUCCAGUGAUUUAUCAAGUUGCGACUUGUGAGCAGCUGCAUUUGGUUCAAGUCCUCGCCAUUCUGCGAAUUGGGGCUGAGACCAACACGACACUGUUUAUUUGCCAUUGUUAUUGUUUUCCGUGUUCGUCUCUUCCAUGCAGUUGGGGCACCUCCUUUGCCAAUAUGCCAUGUUUUCACUGUGAAUCUGUUUGGCAUUGUGCAUAGCAUGAAGCUGACAAAUGUUGUUCUCAUAUGUGCUUCAGUAGAAUCGUUGAGCGAACAGAUGCUUGGGAUUCUUUGGUAACUAUCAGAGGCAUAUUAGACAUCCGGAGUGUUUGAGUAUAAUUUGAUGUUGCCAUAAUUCUUUGCACAUAACAGUAUGUCAAGUUCUGUCAGCAAUUUCUGCUUGUGUACUAAUAGUAUGGAGGAAAAAAGAGCACAUUUGUUUGCCAUAUCAUUUCUUGAUCUGCUGUUGCAGCCUGUGUGACGGGCAAAUGUUGAGAAAGGUCGUUCCUUUCACAGAUAGGCUUCGUAUUUAAAUUGGUUGAAAUGUUAGUGAUGUAGCAGUUCAAACUAUUUCUCGAUACAGAUCGUGUUUUCAGCAUAAAUGGGAUCUAGCAUUCGCCUAUAAAGCUUAAUGCCUGAACGAAACAUUUACAAGGUUAUUAUAGAAGGGGCAUUACUAACUAGAAAUAGCUACGCAAUUAUUACUGUGCCCAGGAUUUUGAUUCGGACUACAAAUGAACCUUUUCACUGGAAUUUUUUUUCAGUGCCUCACAGUGAAUAGUGGUUGUGAUGGAAAUUUCGACGCAUUUUUUUCUGCACAUUUACAUGCAUUUAACGCUAACAUUUCUAUGGCUUUUAGAGGAACACAAUGCUCAUUAUACUUUUUCUCAACUGAGGGGAACAUAUGAAAAGAAAGUUCACUAAGAGCAAUAUUUUAUAUAGAUUGCGCCAUAUAUUCAUACAUCCUCCCGUUGACAUUUAUAGAGGCCGAACGAUGUGGCGGCCAGUUGGCAAGUGUUGCACCUGUAGGAACUGACAUGGUGUACAUUUUACAAGUGGGAGUUCUUAGCUUUUCAUGGACUCUAUAUGCCUAAUUCACUUCUUCAUAAGCCUUUCAUAAAGCCAGUUAUCAGCGGCCUUGACUAUUCAGAGCUUGAACCAGGCCUACUGGGCUAUGAGCUGCCACUCUCCUCCUAAACUGAACUUUGCUGUGAUGAAUAAGUCAUUCUUUUUGCCUUGAGCAUUCCUAUAUACUGCAGAGUGUAAUGUAUAGUCUGUUAUGCCGCUUGCAGUUGUCAUUGUGGCUUUUAUGAAAACACAUGUUUGAAGUGCCAAAUUAUGCAGUUGUUGGUGUUUAUACAGCAUUUAUAUUACAUGUUCUAGUCUUACCUGUGCAAGUAUAAAUGAACUGGAAUUGUUAUGGAACUGAUAUGUCGUAUAGCACUGUACAUAGCAGCUACCUUUUCAAAGAAAUAUUUAGCAUGCUCAAUGCAGCUGUCUAGAAGCCGUACACUUUUAGAGUUGCUCUUGUUCUACAUUUUUGCAAAUGCUCAUGUACAGCAGCUUCAAUGUUUUGCAAGCUUUUAACAAAAAAUACUUUUUCUAUGGCAUAAUACUUGUCAAAUAUGUUCCCUACCACAGAGCAUUCAUUUGUUCUAUAUAACUUUGCCUUUUUUUUUUUGUAUCCUUGUAUAAGAUCAAUAAUUUUAGCCAAAGAAUUUUUGAUUUACAAAGGAUGUUUCAUAAAUAUGGAAGAGUUUUUUUUUUUUAGUUGGCAAAGAUGAAAACUAUACAUUUUGCAGAGAUUUGGAUUUUGUCUUAACAAUUGGUGACUAGCAUGAGAAUCUUGUACAUGAACAUGUUGAUAUGGGGCCAAUCAAUCGUGAGCUCGAACUAUUGACUCUACCUUCCCAAACUUUGCCAUUUUUUUGCAUAGCAAAUUUAUAUAGAUUGCAAAAGUUAAAACAGCUAUUCUGCCUGGAAAAAGAAAAAUUGAGGCAUGUGUUCUGCUGUACUUGUUUCUUAUAUACAUACUAUAUAUGCAAAAGAAAAUUGUUUAUAUGCACAUUCUUAAAUGCCUACUCAGCAGCACCCAAGGUGCCUGUCAUUCAAGUAAAUCAUAGCGUUUGUUAUUGGCUGCUGUGGGCACAUAAGACCUACCAUGCUGGGAUACACUACAUCGCCAUGCCUUUUUCUCAUGAAUUGCUGCAUGCAGAAGGCAGAUUCUGCACCUUUCUUGAAUCUGAGUGUGCCCGUGUUCAUGCGCAGUCAUUGUGUUAGUCAACAGAAUAUUUUAUUUACAUAAAUGUGGGGUGUUGCUCGUGCCUGUCUUUUCGAAUAGCAGGUGUGUAUUUUCUAUUAAAAAUACUGACUACCAAAUGUAACAUUGUUUUUCAUAUUGCUACCUAGUCAAUAAACACGUUUUGGUGUUA